CAUGCAACCCUGUUAAAAAAAUUCACUGUUUGUUUUCUUGACACUGCAUUUGUCAUUGUAUAUUUUGGAUUUUUCUGGAAAAAAGAUAUAUUUAAGAAAAUUAUAUUAAGUCAUCUAUCUACUUUUAUUACAUUACCACAAUUAAGAAAAUUAUAUAGACACACACACAUACACAUUACCGACUAUACAGCAGACAUGUCAGAUUGGGAUACAGUAACCGUACUGCGCAAGAAAGCUCCAAAGGCCGGUGCUCUUAAAACUGAAGCAGCCAUUAAUGCCGCCAGACGCCAAGGUGUACAAGUUGAUACCCAACAAAAAUAUGGUGCUGGCACCAAUAAACAACAUGUAACAACUAAGAACACUGCCAAAUUGGAUCGUGAGACUGAAGAGUUGCGCCAUGAAAAAGUUCCUCUAGAAGUGGGAAAAAUUAUUAUGCAAGGACGUCAAGCUAAAGGUUUAAGUCAAAAGGAUCUCGCUACUAAAAUUUGUGAAAAACAACAAGUAGUUACCGAUUAUGAGGCUGGCCGUGGUAUACCCAAUAACAUGGUAUUGGGUAAAAUUGAACGUGUUAUUGGUUUAAAAUUGCGAGGAAAAGAUCGCGGCCAACCAUUGGCGCCUCCUGGUAAAAAGUGAGAAAAAUCUACAACCGCUGCUUCAACGAGUGGCGGUUCUAGUGGGGGAGAUAUUAUGACAGCCGUUGUUGGUAAACAAACAGCAAAUAAUAAAUUAAAAGCAGAAAAAUUAGUAACAAAUAAUGCUGCUAAUACAGCAACAACAACAACAACGGCACCAAACUUAACAUCUACUCACUUGGGCCACAACAAUAUAAUAAACACAGCAACAGCUAGCAGCAAAAAUAAGCUCAAAUAAAUUAUCGGGAGGCAUGCUGAAUGAAUGAAUGUCUUGUAUCAAACAACAACAACAACACAGUGCUAAUUAAAAUUAUAUAAUGAAUAUUAUUAAAUUUAUAAUAAAAAGAAAAAAAAACAAGAAGGAGAGUGAUUUAAUGAAACCUUCUUUAUUAAGAAUUAUCACAAAACAAAAAAAAUCUUUUUUAUUUUGGCUAGUUUCUAUUUUGUUUCUAGUUUCUACAGCAAAUCUUUAUACAAAACACCCACAUACAUAUAUGUAUCUAACAACACCCUGCAAUACUUUUUCAAAACUAUUUAAAAUUAAAUAAUUUUAACAAAUAUUUAAAAAAAAAA